AUGAUCAGAGGCAUCAUCCAGUUCAUCUCUCUCGUCUGCGGCAUUGUCCUCAGCUUCUUCCCAGACGAAUACGACCGCGCCGCGCAGAACUGGAAGUAUCUCGACGACGGCCAUAUCGUGGAGGAUAUCUCGCACUGGCCGACCGAUAUCUCGCGGGACGUCAUUCCCGUGGCGUGCCACUCGCACAACGACUACUGGCGGCGAGUCCCUCUGUACUCCGCCCUGCAAGCGGGCUGCAUCGGCGUCGAGGCAGACGUGUGGUCCUUCGACGACGACGAGCUAUACGUCGGCCACACGCGGUCCUCGCUGACCUCGCGCCGCACCCUGCGGUCGAUGUACAUCGACCCGCUGGUCACGAUUCUCGAGCACCAGAACCCCGUCAACAGGUUCCAGUCGCGAGUCGGCCGCCGUCCGCUGAACGGCGUCUUCGAUACAGAUCCGUCCCAAACGUUGAUCCUGCUGGUUGACUUCAAAACUGACGGCGCAGCGACCUGGCGGGCUGUCGUAAAGGAGCUCGCUCCGCUGCGCGAGCGCGGCUAUCUAACCCAUUUCAAUGGCCACGAGGUCGUCAGUGGUCCCAUCACCGUCGUCGGAACGGGAAAUACGCCUUUUGAUCUCGUCAUGGCCAACUCGAGCUACAGGGAUAUUUUCUUCGACGCCCCGCUCGACAAGCUAGUCGACGACAAUGGCAAUAGCAAUUCUACCUCGUCUGCACAAAGCCCCUCAGAUACCUUCAUGACACGCCGCUCUCCAGACAACGGCCAGGGCAUGUCCGGCAUGCCGGCCGUGAUAACAGCCAACACAUUCAACACCACGAACAGCUACUACGCCUCCGUCUCGUUCAAGAGCGCCAUCGGCUUCCCCUGGCCAUUCCAUUUCACGCAGAGCCAAAUGGCCCGUCUCCGGACGCAGAUACGGGUCGCGCAUGCGCAUGGCUUGAAGGUGCGGUAUUGGUCGCUGCCCAGUUGGCCGCGGAGUCUGCGUAAUCAUAUCUGGCGCAUUCUCGUGCAGGAGGGGGUUGAUAUGUUGAACGUUGAUGAUUUGGUCGCGGCCACUAAGGGGGAUUGGAAGAUUCGCGUUUUUGACUGGUGGCUUUGA